GGAGUUUCCACACAAAUGUCAGCCCCCAGUCUCCAUCGAACCAGCGGCGUGGAGGAAUAACACAGCAGAUUGCAUCUGCAGCUGGCGAGGGAGCCGACCAUCUCUAUCCGGUGGAGCCUGCUGAAGCUCAUCAUCUGUAGUCAAGCGGGGCUCAGAAACAGGGAAGCAUCAUGGAGAAUAAUCUGGAAAACAAUAUGGACCCCAGGUCCGAGCAGGAUGAGAUGCAGCGGUGCGCUGACCAGAUCACAGAUGAGUCCCUGGAGAGUACUCGGCGCAUGCUGCAACUGGUGGAGGAGAGCAAAGAUGCCGGGAUCAGGACUCUGGUCAUGCUGGAUGAGCAGGGAGAGCAAUUGGAGAGGAUUGAAGAGGGCAUGGAUCAGAUCAAUAAGGACAUGAAAGAAGCUGAAAAAAAUCUCUCGGAUCUGGGCAAAUGCUGUGGUCUUUGUUCCUGCCCCUGCAAUAAGUUAAAGAAUUUUGAGGGCGGAGGAGCCUACAAGAAGGUGUGGGGGAACAACCAGGACGGUGUGGUGGCCAGCCAGCCGGCUCGAGUGAUGGAUGACCGUGAGCAGAUGGCCAUGAGCGGAGGAUAUAUCCGGAGAGUCACAGAUGACGCUCGGGAAAACGAGAUGGAAGAAAACCUGGAUCAGGUGGGCAGCAUCAUCGGCAACCUGCGGCACAUGGCGCUCGACAUGAGUAACGAGAUUGGCUCUCAGAACGCCCAGAUCGACAGGAUUGUGGUCAAGGGUGACAUGAACAAAUCCCGCAUCGAUGAAGCCAACAAGCAUGCCACCAAGAUGCUGUGAGAUGUCCCCAUAUGAGAGUCCUCCUUUCUGCCAGAGACACCCAACCCAGCAUCCAUCGCAGCAUCUCCAAGGUCUAGGUGGGACACAUCCCUGUGCAGUGAAAGGAAACCACAAGGUUCAACAUCUCUGUACAUUUUAUUUUAUUUCAUCAUUUCUCAGUGUGGCAAAAUGUUCCAGUGUGUAAGGUGUAUAUUUCAAUGUCAAUAAGUGUAACUGCUUGCCCUGAGUGUACGAUUUAGUUUUUGUCUCUGUGCCGGUUGAUUUUUUUAAUGAAUGAAUUAUUCAUUGUAACCACCUGAUAACAUGAGCAUGAAUCGAGCUCGAUGUGUGCAGCUGAAUUUCGGUAAACAUACUGCAAAUCCCUUUCCCUUCUUGAAGAUGUCAUCCCCAGCACAGAAAGGGAGUGGCCCCUCGUAAUGGGGUCUGAUACAGAAAUUCCAGAGUCUGAAAAACAGUUUGUAUUGGGGACACAGUCAGUGUGGAACCAUCCCGCAGUUCUGCUUGCCAGAGCUUCAAAGGCACGUCUGCCGAUCUCCGAGAUUUUUUUCUGCCUCUCAGUGGCUGCGAUUUUGCUCGUAUUAUUUCUCCGAUGUCUAUAAGCCACUUGUUAAUCCUGCCAGGCCAAACGCAGGAUUCACGUUUAAUGCGGGGGGGAUGGGAAUAGGAGCUGGCAUCAGAUGGGGAGUUGACGAGAACUGAGCUGGACUUGCUCACGUCAAAGAGAGGGCCUUCUGCUGGAGACCACAACAAGACGUGAGAUUGAAAUUGACGUGUAGGAAGGAAAACGUACAUAACCCUGGUUCCCCAUCAGACCACUUGGUUGAGAAAGGCCUUCCAUCAAUUGCCACCAAUAACUCAAAAACGAAACAAAAUUAAACUCACAGCUUUAGGUACUAACCUUAUUUCAGAAACAAUAUUAACAUGAACCAUUGGCCUGUUUCCCCCUUCGAGAUGAGAAGUUUUGGAUCAACAUCAGAAGUUUUCGCUGCCCAUGAAAAGCAACCAGUCGCAAAAUGGUUGAUGUUUGUGGUUUGUCGUUACUGGCCCUGGCUUAAUUACAUUUUUGUUAUUAAACCUCGAGGGCAGUCAUGGUGGCACAGCGGUAGAGUUGCUGCCUUACAGCAAAAUGCUACGGCGGAGGCCCGGGUUCGAUCCUGAC